CACCAUCAUUAGGACUAGAAACUAGUAGAGAAAUGGUGAGAGGAAUAAAGUUUUCUCCUAAUACCAUCUUCAUCAAGUUCACUUCCUGGUUUUGAUGAUUGGAAAUUUCAAAGUUAUACACGGCUCUGUCAGAUUUAGGUGGUUAUCAAAGCACUAGGAUUUUUAUCGUUUUGGUGUUCGAUCCCAUCGCCCAUCAUCAUCAUCAUCAUCACAGUUGAAGAAUCUAGGGGUUUACAAUUUUAAAUCGAAUCACCAUGGCUACGAUGGUGAGUUCUGCACGUGGUUCGCUUGCUAUGCUGAGCGAACAACAUCCAGCUUUGAAGCGACAUGCUCUCAGCGAUUUGAACAAACGCGUGGAUUAUUACUGGCAUGAAAUCGCAACUUGCGUUUCUAUGAUUGAAAGUUUGGCUGAAGACGAAAAAUUUGAUCGAAGACAACUUGCUGCAUUGGUUGCAUCAAAGGUUUUCUACAAUCUGGGAUCUUUGAAUGAUGCAUUAAGGCAUGCGCUAUCAGCAGGCGAACUCUUUGAUGUUUCAGAGGACUCUGAUUAUGUCCAUGCUAUUCUUGCUAAAGCUAUUGAUGAAUAUGCUAUUUUUAAGAAAGCAGCUGCUGAGACGAACCAAGAAGCAGAUAAGGUGGAUCCUAGAUUGGAGGUUAUCGUGGACAGGAUGCUGAGGAAGUGCAUCUCGGACCAAAAAUACCAACAAGCUAUCGGAAUUGCAAUUGAGUGCAGAAGGUUGGACAUAAUUGAGGAAGCUAUUACAAAGAGUGAUAAUAUUCCUGCAGCACUUGAUUAUUGCAUCCAUCUUGCUCAUUCCUUUGUUACCCUGAAAGAAUACCGCAGUGAGGUGCUUUGCGUUAUAGUCAAAGUGUUUCAAAGCUUGCCGAAUCCGGAUUACUUGAGGAUUUGCCAGCGCCUCAUGUCUCUGGAUGAAUCUGCAGGCGUUGCCAUGAUACUGGAGAAACUUUUGCGGUCCAAUCAGGAUGAUGCUCUUAUGGCGUUCCAAAUUGCUUUUGAUCUUGUUGACGAUGAGCGCCAAGCUUUUCUAUUGAACGUUAAAGAUCGUUUUCCUGAUCCAGCUAAAAGUGAAAGCUCUGUGGAAGCUAAUGAUCAAAUAGCGGCCCCCCAGGAUAUUCAAAUGGCAGAUGGACCUAAUGCACCUCGUAGGGUUGUAGUCAAGGCUGAUGAAGAGAGAUACAAUGAGAGGAUAGCUAAACUUAAGGGAAUUUUGUCUGGGGAGACCGUAAUUAAUCUGAAUCUACGAUUCCUAAAUAGUAAUAACAGAUCCGAUCUUCUAAUUCUAAAGACAAUAAAGGAGUCGGUUGACACCCGAAACAGUGUUUGCCACAGUGCGAUGAUAUUUGCAAAUGCAAUCAUGCAUUCUGGAACAACAGCAGAUACCUUCUUGAGGGUGAACUUGGACUGGUUGAGUCGAGCUACGAAUUGGGCAAAGUUUAGUGCAACUGCUGGACUUGGUGUUAUUCACAAGGGUCACCUGCAACAAGGGAGGGCUCUGAUGGCACCUUAUCUUUCACAAAAUGGAACUGCUGGAGGUGGUAGUCCAUAUUCAGAGGGUGGUGCCCUUUAUGCCCUCGGACUGAUACACGCUAACCAUGGAGAGGGUAUUAAACAGUUUCUCCGCGACAGCUUACGCAGUACAAAUGCAGAGGUUAUUCAACACGGGGCUUGCUUAGGUCUUGGAUUGGCUUCUCUAGGAACUGCUGAUGAAGAGUUAUAUGAGGAUGUAAAGAAUGUUCUUUAUAUGGAUAGUGCUGUGUCUGGUGAGGCUGCAGGGAUUAGUAUGGGUUUACUAAUGGUUGGAACAGCUAGCAAAAAAGCUAGUGAGAUGCUUGCAUAUGCUCGAGAGACUCAACAUGAAAAAAUUAUUAGGGGCCUGGCACUCGGAAUUGCUCUUACAGUGUACGGGAGGGAGGAAGAAGCUGUCACACUGAUUGAGAAGAUGACUAGGGAUCAAGAUCCUAUCCUCCGCUAUGGUGGUAUGUAUGCAUUAGCAAUGGCCUAUAGGGGAACAGCAAAUAACAAGGCCAUUCGCCAGUUGUUGCACUUUGCAGUUUCUGAUGUCAGUGACGAUGUAAGGAGGACAGCUGUUCUAGCCCUUGGAUUUGUUUUGUCCUCUGAACCUGAGCAGACUCCGCGAAUUGUAUCCUUGCUCUCCGAGUCCUACAACCCACAUGUUAGAUACGGUGCUGCAAUGGCAGUGGGCAUUUCAUGUGCAGGUACAGGUUUGAGUGAAGCCAUCUCGUUGCUGGAGCCACUCACAUCAGAUGUUGUAGAUUUUGUUCGUCAAGGGGCACUUAUUGCAAUGGCGAUGGUGAUGAUUCAAACCAGUGAAACUUGUGAUUUUCGUGUCGCGUCUUUCAGGCGUCAGCUGGAGAAAAUUGUUCUUGACAAGCAUGAGGAUACCGUGAGCAAGAUGGGAGCAAUUUUAGCUACUGGAAUUCUUGAUGCUGGUGGUAGAAAUGUGACAAUCAGGCUGCAUUCUAAACACAGGCAUGAUAAAGUCACCGCAAUAGUUGGAUUGGCAGUCUUUAGCCAGUUUUGGUAUUGGUAUCCGCUAAUAUAUUUCAUUAGUCUUGCCUUUUCCCCCACCGCAUUCAUUGGCCUAAAUUAUGACCUUAAUGUCCCAAAGUUUGAACUCCUGUCAAACGCCAAACCAUCUCUAUUUGAGUACCCUAAACCCACAACUCCCCCUGCUACAACAUCGGCUGUAAAACCCCCCACUGCUAUUCUAUCCACAUCUGCUAAAGCAAAAACUCGUGCAAAGAAAGACGCGGAUCAGAAAGCUAUUGCCGAGAAGUCAACUGAGAAGGAGUCUUCUUCAGCCGAUGGGGACUCCAUGCAGGUGGAUGGCUCUUCAUCUUCGGUGGAGAAGAAGGUAGCUCCAGAGCCAGAAUCCACUUUCGAAAUAUUAACUAACCCUGCUAGGGUUGUGCCAGCACAGGAGAAGUAUAUUAAGUUCCUUGAGGAUAGUAGAUGUUCACCAGUAAGUUUAGCCCCAUCAGGAUUUGUUUUGUUGAAGGAUCUCCAACCAGAAGAUGUGGAAGUGCUCUCUCUCCAUCUCACUGACACACCCAGCUCCAUCACCGCACCUGCCACAACAGCUGCUCCGCAAGGACCACCUCUUGUAGCAGCAAUGGCUGUUGAUGAGGAACCUCAACCUCCUCAACCUUUCGAUUAUACCGCAUGAUCUGCUUCUUUUUGGCUUUAUCACAAAUCUUCAAUUGCAACCACGACAGUAUGCUAUUCUACCGGCUAGCAGCACUUGGGAAGUAAGAAAGGAGGAGGGUAUUCUUUUGUGUUAUGUAUAGAAUGUUUAUCUAGUAUAUUCUGUUUUUCGUCAUUCAGAAAUCCUGAUUGUUACAGAUAUUUGCAAUUUGCAUGAAUAAAGUGAAUUUUGUGUGACAA